CCGGCUCGUCCAAGCGUCUACAGUGUCGACGACUUGCUCGACUCUUCGCCUUUCCACCCGGCCAUUUCCUUUCUCAUUGAAGCCGAUCUUCAAAUCUCUACUGCGUUCGACAGCGCGGACAGGCUUCGAGCCCCUUUUCAACCGCGCUGAUCUCUGUUCAUCUCUCAUAUCCCUCGACAUUUCUCUGCAGAGCAUCCGACCUCGGCUACGUUUUUCUCCGUCAUCUUCCUCUCCUCAUCCUCCUCCCUUUUAUCCUUUGGCCCCUGAUCCCUUCCCGACCUCUCGCCAAACCGCGCAGAGCAACAAGAAAUCUCCGUAGCUGUCCUUUGGUGAUCUUUCUCCCACUUCCUCCUCUCCGAUCCGAUCUGUAUCGCUAGGUGUAUUAUGUCUGCGGCGACGGUGGCCGGCAUUGGCCCGCCACCAGGCCUCGGUGGACCGCAACGGUCGGUCAGCGGCGAUGAUGGCAUGCUCCACAAGACGAUGCCUGGUGGAACCGAGUCGUUUGACACUGUGAAGAAGGUAUCGUCGCUGGGCCUGGCUGCCCACGCCGAUGAUCCUCGCCGCUACAAACGAGGACUGCUGCUGGCCAUUAGCAAGAGUCCGCUCGUCGAGCUUCCCAAGGGCAUGCCUCCUCUGGGAGGUUGGUACGGCGACUGGGAACCAUAUCACCCUCGAGCCCAACAUCAUCAUGGGGCUGCGGGCAUGGCGCCCAUGGGAAGCAUCGGUUCAGGCGCACGGGUCGAGAGGAGUGGAGUGCGGGGUCAUGCGGCAAACAAUGCAGCUGGUGGUGGUGAAGAUCUCGGAGAAGCAGGCUACGGUGCGGCAGCGUCUGGCAUGGCUGGCGGCAUGCGCGAAAAGGGCGGUCGCUUCCGUCGCUUGGAAGAUCGCGAACGUGAUGAUGGUGCUUUGAACUCGAGACGGUUCCCACCGUCGGGAAAGAACCCCUUUGGACAAGUGUCGGCCAGCGGCACCUUUCGGCCCGCUGGCAAGGAAGGCCUGGAAAGUCCACUGAACAGCAGGUUCGGUAACGUGGGCCGAGGCCCGAGAUCGCCGCUCGAUGACCGCAGGCGCGGGGGACGUGACGGCGAGGGACGUGACUUUGGAGCGUUGCGGGACCGGAGAAGGGACGAGCAUCCGCAGGAAGAGGACGACGAGUGGGAAAGUGUUCCCAGGAGCCCAGAGACGGAGAGGAGGAUUCGGGCGGGCUAUGCCGACGCAGCUUCAGACUGGCGUCGAGGCUCGGCCAGUAAGCAGGGCGCGGGCCUGGCGAGGGAGAGGGGAGGCAUGCGAGCCGAGUCUGCCAGGAAGACGUCGUUUCCAGCGUGGAUGGCCGACGAGCAAGAGCCGUCGUGGAUGGCCGACGAUGGACUGCAAUCUGCUGGAGGCCGACGGGGACAAAACAACGACUCGAGGAGACGUGGUGGUGGAUAUGGGGCAGAGAUCGACGUUGACCCCGACGAUAUUGACAUUGACACGACGGGCAUGGACAGCAUCCAGGCCUUCAAGGAGAAGAUGAAGGAGAAGGAGCGUCGAGCAAAGGAGCGAGACCAGCCAGGUGCUGCUGGCAGCCGCGAGGCUUCCUUGUCUGCCGGUUCUUCGAUCGCAGCGACUGCCGCUGCAGGGCCGCCGCCCGGACUGGGCAAGAGGCCAAUCGGUGGAGGAAACAAUGCCGGAGAAGCCGAUGGCUCAGCCGCACUCAGGUCUGCCGGUCUCGCUUCGGCUGCUCAUGAGGCAGACGGCGACGAGGGACUGGCGAGGGGCCAAAAGCACGACGCCGGAUCUAACAGCCUCUUUGACAAUUUUGCCAAUUCUCCAUCCAAGCGAGGCCAGCAGGGAGGGGACGGCGAUAUUGGAGAGCCGCCUGGUCUUCCUGGAAGAUCGAGUCGAUUUGCCAGAUUCUUUGAUGGCAAGCCACAAGCGGCCGCUCUCGCUGCCCAGCAGAAGCAGCUCGAGGCUCGUGGCUAUGGAGGCCCUUCGGAUGCGGCCCAUUCACCUGUCGACUCCCAUCCGACAUCGGCCUCGGCUGAUCAACAGAUCAAGCUCGACGACCUCUUCAGCUCAAUGGCCCUGGGCAAGCAGCAGCAACAAGCACAGCAUCAGCAGCAGCAGCAGCAGCAGCAGCAGCAGCAGCAGAGUGCACCACGCCAUCAGCAGAAGGACGCCGCUCCGUCUGCCGGAGCUGCUCCUCCUCCCGGCCUCGCUCCACCCGCCCCUCCAAGUGGACCUCAGCGUAAUCCGAGCGAGGCCGACCUACAGAGCAUGCAGAAGAUCAUGGCCGUUCUUGGAGGCAGCGGUGGGCAGCAGGACAAGCCCUCGCCGAGGUCGCACUCGCCCGAACAGCAGCGCUUCGAUGCCACGUCUCCCUAUCAGCAACGGCAGCAGCAGCAGCCUCCUGCAGGCCUGGCUGCAUUGCUCAGCGGCGGAGCUGGUGCCGGCGCUGGUGCUGGUGCUGGUGCCAGUGGGCAAGGAUCGCCUGGACCCAGGUCCCAUAGUCCGGCCAUGGCCUUCCAGACCGGCGCUGACAGUCAGCGUGGUGCAACGGCUCCCCAAGCGUGGAACGCUAGCCCGGGCCAGCAGCAGUCUUACGCUCAUCCACAGAGUACCGGCCCAAGGAUGACCAACCAGGGCAGCACGCCAUCGCCUGCCUUUGGUAGGAGUCCGGCCGGACAUUCACCUCAUCCGCAGGGUCCUCCUGGCCUGUCGAGACCGGAGCAACAGCAACAAGCGCAGCAGCAGCAGCAGCAGCAGCAGCAGCAACAACAACAGCAGCAGCAGCAGCAACCGUCCCCCUUCAUGGGUCAGAGUAGCGGUCGUCCUCCCUUUGGUGUCGAUCCUCGCAUGCUCGGCCGUCCUCCAAUGCCUCCUGGCGGAUUUCCGCCUCACCUUGCUGCUGCACUCAACGGCAUAAAUGCGCGAGGCCCACCUGGACCCCCUCCACCGCCUCCUGGCAUGGGUGGCUUCCCACCUGGACCUCCCAAUGGGUUUCCCAGCCACCAUGUCCAGCCACCGCCCCUUGGCGGACUGCCUCCCCACCUGCAGCAGCACCUCAUGACGCUCCCUCCUCAUGUUCAGCACCAUGUCCUAGCCCAGCACUUUGGAGGACACUUCCGUGGCCCGCCUCCCCCACCGCCCCCGCCGCAACAACAACAACAGCAGCAGCAGCAGCAGCAGCAGCCUCACCAGUUUGCAAACUCGCCCAAUGCGAGCGCAAACCUGAUGGCCCUUCUACAACAGCAGCAAGGCGGUGGAAACGGCGGAAGUCAAUAGCUCAAAUACAAACUAAUCUCGACGACUACGACUCUCGACCUUUUCUCUCCUCUAACGAAUGUCUAGUCCCGCUGUCGUGAAGGCCUCUCUCUCCUUCCCUCUCCUGUGUUCUCCAUAUCUAUCUCUUGUCUCGUCUCUUAUGUUUUUACCAUCGGGCAAUCUGAACUCAAAGCUCCUGUUGACACUGGAAAGGCCC